AGGGGGACCUGGUACCGGCGGGAGGGGCGGGAGCUCCUCCUCCUUCUCCUUCUCUUCUUCUAGCUGAGAAGCAGCAGCAGCAGCCGCCUCGACCGAGCAGCGGAUUGCUGGCAGAGGCGUCUGGAGGGGUCGGACGUAGCAGGCCGAGGAGAGGCGACGGGGCUGGGUCCGCGGAAGAGCCAUGGGGAACACCGUGGCUCGGGAGGAUUUCGAGUGGGUUUAUACGGACCAGCCGCACGCAGACCGGCGCAAGGAGAUCCUAAGUAAGUGCGCACUUUCGCUGCCGCUCCUCUUUUGGUCUCGUCUUCCUCUCUCCCCCCUUUUCCGCUGCGAUGCCUUUUUUGGGCGAAGGCGCUCGAGUCCUCCUUCUGCCCGUUCCUUGACUCCCGAGGAGGCCGGGCGUGGCAGGCAGACGCCUCCCGGUCUUGCUCCCGGCCCCCGCCCUUGGCGCCCCGCACCGACGCCUCUUGUCUUCGGCGGAGGAAGCCCCGACUUUCGCUUUCUCGGCGGAAUUCCCCACCCGGCCGACGGCGCUCCCUCCUUUGGGUCUUGGGUGAUGGGGAGAGGAGAUCCCAGGGUUGGAGGGGAGCGAGCUGCCAACAUCUGGAGAGACGCAGUGCGUCACAUCCGAAGGCCGGGGCCGGCCACCCGCUACAGCACGUUGCUGCUUUCCUUUCCCUUGUGCCCCCGCACGCCGCUUUUUCUCUUUUCAAUUUCGAAAUCUGCCUGCGCAUAAUAUGCGGGGAGGUGGUUCAAAGCGACCUUGGUUAACUGAGGACUUCGCCAUGCCCAGCUGGUGCUUGGUGGCAGCCAAACAGGCUUUGAAAUGGUUUUCGCAGGGUGCAGUGCUUUUGCCAACAUGAAGUCUGAUGGGAUCUUUAGAUAAAAAGAGGUACAGUGGUGCCUCGGAUUAAUACGCUUCAGGUUACAGACUCCGCUAACCCAGAAAUAGUACCUGAGGCUAAGAACUUUGCUUCAGGAUGAGAACAGAAAUCGUGCAGCGGCGGUGCAGCGGCAGCAGGAGGCCCCAUUAGCUAAAGUGGUGCUUCAGGUUAAGAACAGUUUCAGGUUAAGAACGGAGCUCCGGAACGAAUUAAGUACUUAACCCGAGGUACCACUGUAUAUAAAUCGAAAUAAAUGCUGAUGAUGGUGGUUUUCAAAUUUCCUACCGGCAGAGGACACUCCCAGUCUCUCCAUCCUUGAUUCUUACUUUUGGAAUUCUCAUCUGUUUCCUGUUUCCAGGGAACAUUCUAAGGUGGACUUUUGAUGUGUAGGACUAGAUAUUGCCAUGGCAAAUGUGGUAGUAACUUGGAACGUCCAAACAUUCUGUGGGUUGUGAGAGAAGAUAAAAGAAAGGGAGAAGUUGUUCUUCAUACCCUGCUGUUAGUGCUGCCCUCAGUGAUGUGCUCCAAGUGUACCCUGGACAAAAUGACUAAAAUAUACCCCCACGCUGAAGGGUGUGGAAAGGACAACAUCUUCUUUUACUGUAUAAUAGAGUGUGGGUUUAAUUCCUUGGUCAGCUACUAGCUUUUCAGUAGGCUGUCUCUAUGAAGGAAUGGAUGGCUGUAGUCUGGUUUGCAGGCACAAUUUAAAAUGGUCUGCCAACAGGUUGCAAGAGGGGUCACUUUACUUUUGCCACUGGCAUUCUGUAGCUGGAUUUAGCCAAGUGAGUGAAGUUGCUCAACCAUCUCAGUUUCUUGGUGGAGGGAAAGUGAGGUAGACCGUGUUGCUGUAUUUGGAAACUCAGGUUUUAGGUUGAUCGUAGAGGUUUCUUUCACAUGCCAAGGUGUUUGAUACUCUUGGUUAGCAAAUGAGAAGGUAGGAGACUGGGGUGGCCCUGAGCAUUAUUAAACAGCAUGCUUCUAGCCCUUUUGGUUCCUGAGAAGCAUCAGUAGGAGACAACGAUCAAAUUAUACACUAAAAAUGCCAUUCACAAGUACACAUGUCUCUUUCUAUUUCCUUUGUCUCGAAAAAAAAUCAGACUCCUGGUGUACAAACCUAUUAUGCAACUGUAUAUGCAAAUAUAAACUUCAACUUAUUUUAGUAGCAGGGCAGUCCAAUUUUUCAUACCAAGAAGGAGUACUUUGACAUGGAACCAGUGGGCCGUUCACUGCCUUGGUUUGCAGGGGUAUCCUCACACUGCAUUCCCAAAGCUGGCUAAGGGAGGCACUGGGCUUUGGGAAGGAGGUACAAGGCUCUGGCAGGGUCCUAGAGCCCACCUAGGUAAAGGGUAAAGGGACCCCUGACCAUUAGGUCCAGUCGUGGCUGACUCUGGGGUUGCGGCGCUCAUCUCGCUUUAUUGGCCGAGGGAGCCGGCGUACAGCUUCCGGGUCAUGUGGCCAGCAUGACUAAGCCGCUUCUGGCGAACUAGAGCAGCGCAUGGAAACGCCGUUUACCUUCCCGCUGGAGCGGUACCUAUUUAUCUACUUGCACUUUGACGUGCUUUCGAACUGCUAGGUGGGCAGGAGCAGAAACCGAGCAACGGGAGCUCACCCUGUCGUGGGGAUUCAAAGUCCUAGGCUCUGUGGUUUAACCCACAGCGCCUCCCGCGUCCCUAUGACAAAUGUCCCUAUAAGAGCCCACCUACCUCUUUCCAAAAGGUUAAAAAGUGCUAACUAGGCUUUGGAAAGGAGGUGGGACAGGAGGGCUCAAGGACCCUGCAAGAGCCCUUAUGUCUCCUUCCCAAAGCCCUGCACCUUGCUUACCUUGUUUUGGGAAAGUGGGGGGUGGGGAGAGAGGAAAAUGUUGCUGAGGGCUGCCAUAAAAGCCACUUUGGACCAUCCAGUUCUGCUAUGUGAAUUCGUCUUCUACAGAAUCAAUAUUUUUUUCUUGUGCAGAAUAGAGAGCCUCUGGGUUGCUUGUAUCACUUGAAGACCCUCUGUUAGACACAGAGGGUGGCUUCAACUACAUUUUACCCACAGUGGACCUAUCAAAAUUAAUGAACACAACUAAGCUAGGUCCAUCAACUUCAAUGGGUCUACUAUUCAGGAAACUUAGUUUGAGUGCCACCUAGAGUGUGGAAUUUAAGUUGGUGCUGAGGAGAUUGCUCUUGUUAGUGUAAGCCUCUUUUUUGCUUGCAUGAUGAAACAAUCUCCCUACUCCUCCCUCUGUGUGUUGUUCUGUGGGCUCUCCUGAAUCCCCCUCCCCAAACAGUUUGGAGGGAGGAGAGAAAAGCCUUCCUAUGCUAGUGGGAGUUGUUGACCUGACUCCUGCCACAGCAACUGAUGACUUCAACAUACUCAUAAAGUCCACUCCCAAUAACUUCAUGUAGAUGCUAAAUAGUAUUGGGGACAAAAUACUGACACAACUGCUUGUGGUGGACACACAUAUAAUCCCCUAAUGCCAUUCUCUGAAUCCUGCUCUGUAAUGAGUGGAGCCAAUGUGGAAUUGUGCCCCAGCUCAUCAAGAUGAUCCAAGAGUACAACAUGGUCAGUUGUAUCAAAAGCCACUGAGAGAUCAACAGGGUUGCACUCCCCCUGUCCAUCUCCUCUGUCAGGGCAACUAAGGCUGAUUCCAUCCCCAAACUAGGCCUGAACCAUUAUGGCAGUGAUGCUGUUGUUGUGCCUGUACUUCAUUCAUGUGGUUUUUACAGUAGACUGCAGAGUUGUACUAAAGCAUCCUGUAUGUAUUCAAACUUUAACAUGUAUAGAAUCCAAUUAUAAGACUCAAUUGUGGUAUGAUCUUCAAAGAGUAUUUGUCUAUUGACAGCAGUUAUUGAAACUUUCUCUUUUUCCCCUAACAGGUAAACAUCCAGAAAUAAAAACUUUGAUGAAACCAGACUACAACUUGAUCUGGAUAGCUACACUGAUGGUGCUUGCACAGCUAGUUGCUCUUUACCUAGUUAAAGAUUUGGAGUGGAAAUGGGUUAUAUUUUGGUCAUAUGUGUUUGGCAGUUGUCUUGAUCAUUCCAUGACUUUGGCUAUUCAUGAGAUUGCCCACAACAGUGCCUUUGGCAAUUGUAAACCUCUGUGGAACCGAUGGCUUGGAAUGUUUGCCAAUCUCGCACUUGGCAUCCCAUACUCUGUAUCCUUCAAGAGAUAUCACAUGGAUCACCAUCGUUAUCUUGGCGGUGAAGGAGUUGAUGUGGACAUUCCUCUUCCCAUUGAAGGAUGGUUUUUCUGUACCCGUUUUCGAAAAUUCUUUUGGAUUAUUCUCCAGCCCCUAUUCUAUGCUAUUCGGCCUCUUUUUAUUAAUCCCAAACCAAUCUCUCGACUUGAAAUAAUGAAUUUGUCAAUUCAAUUUCUCUUUGAUGUUAUGGUAUACUAUGUCUUUGGAGUAAAAUCACUUGUCUACCUGAUAACAGCAGCUCUGCUUGGGCUAGGCUUGCACCCUAUUUCAGGACACUUCAUAGCCGAACAUUACAUGUUUUUAAAGGGAUAUGAAACAUAUUCCUACUACGGUCCGCUUAAUAAACUUACGUUCAACGUUGGCUACCAUAAUGAACACCAUGACUUCCCUAAUGUUCCUGGAAAAAACCUUCCACUGGUGAGUACAUUAUAGUGUCCAUUUACAACUAGUUACUUUCCUGGAGUUAAGCAACUCCAUUUUAAAUGAAUGGAUUGCUGGUAUUCCACCACAGUGUGGUGAUUUGCUGAUGUAGGUUGGCAAAUAUAUUAAGGCUGUAAAUGUUGAUUAAAGUGGUUUAUCUUGAUCCAAAGCAUAUUUUCAGACCAGUAUUUAGAAUCACAGCAAUAGGCUAAACACAAUACCUUAUGUCAACUAGAAUAUCAUAUUACUUCAGACCAAUGAUAUAUAUUCAGCUACUAAUACAUUUACGGAGGUUGUUUAGCUGCAGAAAUGUGGUCGUUGCUUCUAAUGCUUAAAGCUCAGACACAGCUGGAUAGAUUAUUAAUGUUGACUCCUCUGCACAGCCCCAAAGCUGACCUUGAAACAUAACCUGUUACUUCUACAAAAUGGCCUUAGUGUUUGUUUAACCUGAUCCUCUUCAAAGGAAAGAUACUUUUUGUACCUGCUAUCCGACUAGCAAGCUAUGCAGUGAAUGAAUGUUGGAUAUUGCAUGUAUGACCAGCGCACUAAAGCUGCAUUCUGUCUGUGCAGGUUUUUUUAAAGUAUUUUUUUAAAACCCCUCCUAUUUUGGGUAUAUUAGUCAUUUUCAGUAGAGAGUUGUUUGUCUUUGUUGUGCUUUAGGGAUAAAAAGCACUGUCAAGUGAUUGGCUCAAGAGUGGAAAACUGCUGGCCCCCUGCAUUUGUGAGGUUGCAAUUUCCAUUCUGCCUCUGCAGGCAUGACCAGUGACUAGGGAUGAUGGGAACUGUAGUAACAUCUGGAAGGCCACUGGAAGUUGUAGUAACAUCUGGAAGGCUCCCAAUCCCUGCUUUAGAUCUUUUAAAGUUGUAGAGGAAUGUUUAUUUUAAAUUCACAAUAUUGUUUUUAUCUAAUUUAUGUUGAUAUAUCAUUUAUGUUCCUAAGUGGUGUACAUAAAAACAAGCCAUAGAAAAUGGGGCAAUGAAAGAAUACAAGGUAUCAUAAAACCUAAUACUACAGUAAAUGUGUGAAGGAACAAGGAAGUCUUGGUUGUGGGCUGGCAGUUCAGCAGGAAAGACUACCUGACUAAUCUCAGUUGGCAUGGAGUUCCACAGCUUUGCACCCAUCAUGCUGAAUUCAUGGCUCCAGUAGUUACUAGUUGUACAUCUGAGCUACAAGGGACCUCCAACAGGGACUUCUCCAAAGAUUGCAGAGGUCAAGCAAGGAUAUAAGGGAUCAGGCAGUGUAGUUCUGUGGGUAGACUCAUGUGCUUGGUAUGUUAAAAUGAGGUGGGGUUACUGCUUCUAAAACUGGCUAUUUAAUGUCCAGCUGCCAAAACUUUUUUCUAAAUAACAUUGGGUUUUUUUAAUUGCAGCUGAAGAAAAUGGCCCCUGAAUACUAUGAUCAUCUGCCACAGUAUAACUCCUGGGCAAAAGUGCUUUAUGAUUUUGUGAUGGAUGACACUAUCAGCCCUUAUUCACGCAUGAAAAGGCAUUUAAAAGGUGAAGUGAAAUUGGAGUGAAAAAAACAUUCCUCUGCCGCCUCCAAGGACAUAGACUCAUGGAAGCUGGUACAAAGUUUUCGUUUGAUCAGGAUGUAUUUGCUUUGUAUCUUAACCUAGUCUGGACUAUGAAUAUAUAUGGAUUACAAUCUAGAACAAGAUCUCUGAAUUAAAUAUUGCUGGAAAUAGAACAUUCCAAGCUAUUUGCUUUAUUUUGUAUAAUUAAAGUUUAAAAUAUAACUUGCUGUAUGCACAAUGCUAGUAUUAAUGUUACAUAACGUGUUUCAGUUGCUACUCACUCGAACAUUGGAUUGUUCUUCAGGCCAUUCAUGUACCAGUGGUGUAUCUUGGUUAUUUUGUACUUGCUGCCACAACUUUGGCUCUUCAAUGUUUUGCUGACAAAACAUUAAUUUCCAAAUUAAAUUGCAGAAUUGUUUUAGUUAGUGUAGAUGCUGGAAAAAAUGGCUGGCUGCAACUCCUUCUAAAUUGAGGUAUGUCUUGGUCAAUCCAAGUGCUAACCUAACUGAUGGAUUUACAAUUGCUGCUAUAAAGUAUAUAUCCAUUAAAUCAUGCUAGUGUUCAUGUAGCUUCAAAAUAGACAGGUAUAUGAAUACCAACUUUUGACUGCCUAUGCCCUACAUUUCAUUAAGGUAAAUUAUCAUUUCCUGCAGCAGGCCCAUUUCCUUGAGUAUAGCUCUGCAUUCCUUCUUUUCUGCAUCUGUACAAAAGAGCUAUGCCCUGCCUUCAAACUGAUGCUUCUUUGCAAACAGACUAGAUCUCCUGAAGUUUAGAAACAGAAUAGUAGAGCCUACGUGUGUUGUGGUAACCAUCUUGUGCUCUCUUAGCUGGGCAAGAGCUGGAGUGUUGGUUGUUGACAGCAGGUAGCAAGUUUAUAAAAGGUAUAAAACAUUGACUGAGAAUGCAAGUACCUCCUACAAAGGAGUAUAUGAAAGCUGUUUUUUUUUAAAAACCAAACUCUUGGGCACUUGAAUAAAGAUGAUAUUAGUGAAGUUUAACGAAUGUGUGGAAUGUUCUUGAGGAAAGCAAAUUCUAUCUGCUUCCUUAUCUCUGGGAAGCAGAGGAUUUUCUCGUGAUUAUGCAAUGUUUUUAAAGCUAUGUCAAUGAUAUAGGCAGCACAUUUAUACAACUUAAUUAAUGCCUUACACCUACAGAUCCUUGCAGCGAUAAAUUUGGUGCACUGCAGUGAGGAUCUUUUCAUUGUCAAAGUCAUUCAUUACUGGUGGAUUAAAGUACAGAUUUUGCGGGGG